CAGAAAGCAGGUUUACUGAAAACCCUGAGUUGGGUAACCCUAAAAUGAGGCAACAUCUGGGUUUUCCGUUCCAGAAAGAGAGGACCGUUUUUGAAAAUGGAUCAGGCUUUGGUUACAGUUCAUAACAUGUUACCAGAAGGAGUGGAUGUCUUCUACACUUCUGAUUACUGCUACAAGUGUCUCUACCAGCCCCUGGUCACGUUGAAAAGUGGCUACCAAAAUACAUCUGUUGUGGUUAGUACCCACUUUGUCCUGACUCUGCAGGUAGAAUCCCAAGAGACAAACACACUUCUCUGCAGGUGGAGUCAGCUGUAUGAAGAGGCAGGCCAUUACUCUGUCUGGGUCCAACAAUCCGAUUCCUCCAGUAACGCAACCUGCUCACACAUUGUAGAUACAAGUCCACAAAAUGCCUACUUGCCUCUUUUGGUAUCAGUUCUUCUCCUAGCCCUCCUCUCUCUCUUCUGUGUGACUGCACCCUACUGCUACAGGAGACGCUGUAUGACAAAGUUGAUCAAGCGUAUGUGCUUGAAAGGUCCAAAAAACUCAGUGGAUUGUGUUGAAACACAGAAUGAUGGGACUGAGGCAGAGGCAGAGGCAGAGGCUGCCAGACCCAAACAGACACGUCUACGCUCACUGGACACUUUCAGAGGAUUUUCCCUGACAGCCAUGGUGUUUGUCAACUAUGGAGGUGGAGGCUACUGGUUCUUUGAACAUGCACCAUGGAAUGCAUUUAUGAAGUCACGUCAUGAUUCUCCUGCCUGCAUUAACAAUGGUCUGACUGUGGGAGAUCUUAUGAUGCCAUGGUUUGUGUUCAUCAUUGGAACAUCGGUGGUAUUGGCCUUCAGCUCCAUGCAGAGAAAAGGAGUCGCCCGAGUGCAACUGCUACGUAAGCUCACCUGGAGAACUGUGGUCCUCAUGAUGAUCGGUUUCUGUUUUCUCAACUACUCUCCAAAGGACGGCCCAUUAUCUUGGUCCUGGCUGAGGGUUCCUGGAGUUCUGCAGCGUCUGGGCUUCACAUACUUUAUAUUGUCCCUCAUGGAAACUUUCUGGGGCCAGAAAGAAAUCCCAAUGAGGAAGAAUCCUUGGUGGAGCCCUGUCCAGGAUGUGGUCUUGUAUUGGCCUCAGUGGGUCUUCAUUCUUCUCCUGGAGACUGUCUGGCUCUGUUUCACUUUCCUAUUGCCUGUUCCCAACUGCCCCGUAGGUUAUUUGGGUGCUGGUGGAAUUGGGGAUGAUGGCCUCUACCCUAACUGUACUGGAGGGGCAGCAGGAUACAUUGACAAGUGGUUACUGGGAGACAACAUCUACCGUUAUCCAACAUGCAGGGAAAUGUAUCGUACGACAGAGCCGUUUGAUCCAGAGGGGGUUCUGGGAACCAUCAACUCUGUAGUCCUGGGAUUUCUGGGCAUGCAAGCUGGAAAAAUUCUACUUUUUUACAAGAAAAUGAAUGUCAGCAUCCUUUCCCGAUUUAUAAUAUGGGCCAUCAUUCUGGGAAUCUCCACAGCCAUCCUUACUAAGUGCACGCAAGACGAAGGAUUUAUACCUGUCAAUAAAAACCUUUGGUCUCUGUCCUUUGUGACAUGCACAGGAUGUUUCUCCUUCCUCCUGCUGGGAGCCAUGCACUUUAUAAUGGACAUCAAGGGUUGGUGGGGUGGCCAGCCUUUCAUAUACCCAGGGAUGAACUCCAUAUUUGUGUAUGUGGGCCAUGCCCUCCUGGGUUCCUAUUUUCCCUUCAGCUGGGAGAUGCGUUUCCAGCAGAGUCACUGGGAGCACCUGUUCCAGGGCCUGUGGGGCUCAUCUCUCUGGAUCCUUGUCGCAUACCUGCUGUACAGGAAGAGAUUCUUCCUCAAAAUCUGAUUGCUUGACUGACUCCACUCUGUACAUGCCUUGUUUGGUCUUGUUAUCUGGCAUCUAUGUCAGACCUCGAGAGAUGUAUGCUCUUUGUUGUCGAAUAACGCUGUAUAGUGAAAAUGUAUCAAAUCUGUAAAAAAGCACAGUGGACUAUUGCAUGUGGGUGAAUGUUUUUACACAAGUGACACUAUCAUAUCUAGCAUUCCACAGCUCAAUUACUGAAAAAGGUAGACGUGAUUCAAGAAGAUGUCUGAUUUACUGUCGUCCAUGGACACCCAUUGAUGUUUUAUUUGGUGUCAGUUGUGUUAGGCACUGAAUAGAGUGAUUAAAUCAAAUAUACUGAGGUGGUACUUAACAAAUUAGAGUGAGGGAUUCUGCGACACCAUAGUGGCCAUUAUGUGUCUGUUGCCAUGGCCACGCCUCCUCUCUUCAAAAGAGAGUGUACCAUCUGCUCUCAGAGUGACAGCCCUUUAAUAGGGGUCAAGAUGGACAGUGUCAUAAAUAUGACCAGCAUCUUUUGCACUCAUACUAAUGUAAAAAUUUGGAAACCAUGCAUCCGCUUUGCCAUUUGAUAACCACAUUCUGCUCCCAAAAUGAUACUACCAGAAACUCACAUCCACUUAUAUUUCACUUUUCUUUUUUUUUUUACUUUUCUUUCAGUUGUUCCAUCUUUCUAUUGCAUUACCAGAGACAGACAUCUGAUUGAAUCAUCUCACCUUGGAAGCAUCUCUAUGACAUCCACUAUUUGAACAUUAGCUACACUCACGCUGUUUUAUAGGGUUUUUGCACUCUAAAGCUUUUGGUACUGCCGGUACACAGUGUAAGUUGUUUCCAUUAUAGGAACAUCCUGCUCUAUCAAACAAUGCUCAAGAUUCUACAAAUGUUUACUACUUCAACAGAACAAUUAAUUCAAUAUGUCCCUUUUCACCAGAAUAGAUGCUAAGUAGCAUACUGUAGAAGGUUUGGUACGUUUUAGUGAAAUUGUUAAUGUCCCUAUCUCUAUAAUCAUGUCUGAGAAGAAGCUGGAUGCCAUUCACUUUACAAAAAUCCAAACCAUUAGAUGAGAUUGUGGCUAAACUUGUCAUGAGAGUGUUACCACAUUUCCUUGUUCGCAUUGAUUUCCAUCGACCAGAUGUCUCAGGAUACCUAUAGUCUGACAUAUGGUAACUUUAGCUGUGUUAAAAGUUUCUAGCGGAGGCGAGUCAUAUCAGUAUUUUAUAUCACAUGUACUUUCCAUUUCCCUUUGUGUAGUGUUCUCACUUUCCUGGUAAUGCAAUGACAAAGACAUCCAAGUGUUUCAUUUAUUUAAAAAAUCGAUUUUUUAAAAUAA